AGCCCCGAACGGAACGCAGAGAGCACAAAACGCGACGCUAGGGUCAUCGCCGCCGUCGUCAACAUCAAACACUGCAUGCAUGGCAUGGGCACUGUCGGCUGCUGGUGCUGGGCUGAGUCUGCUGGAUGGACGCAAAAGAAUCGGAAAACCGGUUUCUGAUGGUACCGCUGCUGCUGGCUGGAGAAUGCGAGAAUGUCGUAUGUCUGUGCCUGUCGUUUCAAGAGGACCUGCCGAUCCGAGGUGAGUGCGCCGCGGUGGGUUUCCCGAACAAAAUGUGAGAGAGUUUUGGUUGCGCGAAAGGAGUCGGGCGUUCGGUUCGGUGCUCGCUGUAGUGAGACUCAGCUGAGUGGGUGAUAGGGAUGUUUUAUUGCAGCAGGUCGGUCGGUUCGUCGGGUCGGGAAUUUCAUGAAAAGGAAACGGAGCGAAAAGGCUGGAACUCGCGAAGAGGCUCUGCCUGCCGUGUUCGAGAGCUUCGGUCAGAGCCACCACCAGUUUGCGUCAGCUCGUCGUUCGUGGAAGAUGAACUUGGAUGGAUAGUCCUCGCGCGCGCGUUAACGAACUGAUUUCUUUGGGAAGUUUGUGGCUCUUGGUAGAUAGAACAGAACUUCAAACGCACUCGGACGGAGGAGACAUAUGUACUCCAGUGCGCGCCCCAAGAAGGUGUUGGGUUCUUUUCUGUGGAUUGUUCGAUGUCCAGCGCUUCAGAAAAUCAAAUCAGGUGUUUGUGGUAGUAGUGCACGCAGCAAGAAGUGGAGGCUCGCAGCAUCCAAGCUCCAGAGCUGGAAGAAUACCAGUUUUCUGUCGCGACCUGAUGUUAUUGUUAUUGUACCCGUCCAAGUCACGGCACUUCGAGCUGUCUGGUGUUAGUGCGUUCUAGUGGCCACUGGGCAGAACAAAAGUGCAUGGAUUUAGGGUGUUUUGACCGCGUGCUAUGCAUGUCUAGCAAAGAUAGUUAUUUCGGUGUUGAGGAAGAGACGAGCCGGCUCUCAAGAUUUGACUAAUAAUUUACAGUUAGAGCAGGGAAUAACCUCGUCGAAGAAAUUGGAUUAACCUUCGCUUGCUGGCGCGUACAUCCACACAAGCACACGGGGCGGCGAGGUCGGCCUCGGCAGGGCUUUCCUGCACAAUGGAGAAGUGUAUGAGAAUGUGAAGAAGGAAAUGAAAAAGAUCGAUUCCGAGUUUUUGUCGUGUUUCGCACCGGGCUGAACCGAAACCAGGAAAACAAGUUCGCUGUGGCGGUGGUCGUCGUCAAUCUCUGAAGGUAUCUGUGGCGGCAGUGCGAGGAAGAGAGUGUUCUUUGUUUUUGUUUUGACGAUACAUGCGGCAUCAGGUUCAAAAGGUUGCCCACAAAAUACAAAACAAACGUCAUCCGCGGGCGCGUAUGUGACAGAUCUUGGCAGUUGCUACAGCGGCGUAUCAAGGCGAAUUGCAACCGGAGAGAAGAGAAGCACUUCUAGGGGCAAAAGGUGAAUGUGAAUGUGAAAGGGCAGAAUGUCAAGUGUGCCGAGAGGCAAAAGUGAGGCGAAGCAAUCGUAAAGCAAGGUUAUUUCGUUCGUUUUUUGUUGUUUUUGCAUGCUCCCAUUCAAUCUUAUCAUGGAUUCCAUUUGGAAGCGAGCUGUCGUGUGAGCACCGAGAAGAGAAAGGAGCGAGUUCUGCCGUACGUGUAUUUACGUCUCGUUUGAUUUAUAAGUCCCCCAAUUUUGUUUCGUUUUCGGUUUCGGCUGAACAUCGUCAGCGGGAAAUCUGGGAGAUGCGACCAGCACUAUACAACAAGUAAAAGGAAAAAUAUAUAAUCCUUGGUAAAAAAAAGAAGUAAAUCGAGGUGAUUUCGUUUAAAAAGAGUUCUGUUUGUCUUGUGUUUUUUUUUACAUUCGUUCGUCUCGGGUUUUUAUUUCGUUUGCGAAAUUUGUCGUUUGCAACGACGACGGAGCGAGAAGAAGAAGCGAAUGCAAUUUUCAAAGUGAUUAAGAAUUAUCCAUACGCCGAAGGGAAAGGUAGUGCAGAGCAGAAGAAUAAAGGAGUCCCUCACUCACUCCGAUGAGCAGCACGAAAAAAGGUGAAGCAAAAGGUGUACGCGCGUGAAAGUAUAAAUCGAUUUUACUUGAGAAAUUGCCAAAGCCGGCGAAGAAACUGCAUUAUCCGAAGAAGAAUCAACGGUGACACCAGAACGUAAGACAGGUCACACACGAGGACAGACGGGCGGAAGCAGCAUCAACACGACACACGGAGCAGCAGGAUUUAAACCAUUAAAAUUGAAGAUUGCUGCGCGCCACCAUCACACAGCGUGACGUACGGUGCAAUUUGGUCGCUGUCUCUCUCUCUCCUUGGGCGGCGAACCUCAAACAAAUGGUAUAAACAAAACGGCUUAUGACUCUCGCCGGGUCUGCAACAAAACAAGCGAAAAUCGCGACUCCGCCAACAACGACGACGCCGACGACGAUAUGAAAUGUAAACAACGAAACCGUCCCGGAGGAACCGCAGCCUCAGCCGCCGCAGGACCACGACAGUAAUAAACUUUUUCUGGUGCCUGGCCUGGCGCUCUGGUCGUGAAGAGAGAAGAAUAGCCAUUAAACACAAGAGUCUGAGGGGUAAAAAGUGAGGCACCACACGAUAUCUACCUUUCGGAGAGAAAACAAAGAAAAGUGGAAAAAGUUUAUCGGUUGAUGUGGCUGCCACAGCAUGUAGGGUCCCGCGGAAGAAAUGAUCGACCCACGGGGGCGGCGGCGAGAUACAGUUUUAAUUAAUCGUUAACUUUUUGCUCGGUUGUGAAGAAAGUGGCAGAACCGUGAUUGCAACAGCAGCAGUGAUCGACGUCCGGGGGUUUUACAACGCGGUUUGACGUUCGGUGGUGAGUGCGUACCUUUGCGCUCGGGAAGGCAAGAUGGCGGUCAGCAACAUUGUUUGCGAAUGGCUGCGUGCUCUGGGGCUCGGCCAGUACGCCGAGAGCUUCCUGGACAACGGAUACGACGAUUUGGAGAUUUGCAAGCAAGUGGGCGAUCCGGAUUUGGACGCCAUCGGGGUGCAGAAUCCGCAGCAUCGGAGCAAGCUGCUUAAAAGUGUACGGCUGCUGCGGGAGAAGGGCGCGGCCAGUGUGUAUUUUCAGCUAAAUGAUCCCAAAUCGCUGCUGUCGGAUAACAGUGACAGUCUGGAGCGGGACAGCUCGCCGUUGAUGCUGAGCGAGCUGGAGGCGCUGCUGCAGGAACAGCUGAAGGCGGACGGAGUGUGCCUGACGGCGCAUCCUUAUUCGACACCGGUGAGUCACGAGAAAUUUCAACAGAGUAGUAAGUAGAGUCAAAAAUGUGAAAAUUGAUUUCUUUUAGAAAUCUUACCAUAACUGAUCUAAGCUUAGCUAGAUGCACAUGUAAAAUAUUUCUCCUUCGUUAUUGAUCUGAACUAAACUGGGAAACCUUCCCCUUGCAGCUUGGUAAAACAUCGCCUAGAAGCUUGGGAAUGCUACUCGCAGUGCUUCUCUCAGGAGUUUGGCAAAGUUUCUACACAGAUACUUUGUGAAGCUUCUCCUAGAAGCUUGGGAAAGCUUCUCCUAGA